AUGAUGUGAGUCGACGCUUUGCAGCCGCCAGUUGCGGAAUGUCCAAUUGUUUCAGAGCAAAUCUGAUAUUAUUGGUGCUAAAAACUUCGUUUCUGUUUGUCAAUGGACUGCUCGUGCUGGUGCUCGGCUGCUCCGGCUCCAAAAAGAGCCCGUCGACUCCGCCCACGCACAGUACUCUCGACUCGCAACCGUCGAGGACCGAAAAGAACGCGGGCAGCAGCACGAUGAGCACAGAAAAGGUAAAACAAUUUCAGUUUUGAUGCCUAUCAAAAAAUACCUAACAAAAUCUGAUUCAGGAACCGUCAAAAGUGGUGCCGAACGCGAAAUCCGUGGCGGCGAAGCCUCAGUCGAAGAUGAAGAACACGUCGUGCCAGAAGAAGCAGACGCAGGUCCUUUCACGACUGCUUUCGGUCGAGAAGACGCAGAUGAAAGAGUCGAAGAAAACAGUGAGACCGCCGGUGCGGAGCAGAGAAGCCGUGAAGGCGCAGAGGACUCUGAAGGACGUGCAGGAAGUGGACGCGCCCGAGGGACCGCUGGCCGGGGAGGCCUCCGUCAACCAGCAGGAGUUCGACGACUACCUCAACAAUCUCGGAGGCGGCGCCAAAGGAUAA